CAGCACAAAUAAGAUUUUUUAUUUUUAUUUCUGUAUCUCCCUCUUCACGCGGGAAUGCGCACCGUCGACGUUCUAAAAUUAGUAGAAAUAGAAAGGAACCUCUUUUCCUCCUUUGGCUGGCUCUUAUUUGCCUGUAAGCCGCAUGCAUUCCUGAUUCCUCAACCUCUCCUUCUUCUCCUCAACGAAUCUUCCCUUUGGUUAUUCAACGGCAACUGGACAUUCCCCUUCGUCCUCCUUUUCCACUUAUUCCCUAAGUAAACUUCAAAGUUCCAGUUUUUGUGCAGCUGUUGCUGUAAUUUGUUGUGGGUUUUAUCAUCAUUAUACGAAGAGAGGAAGGAGGCCAUGAAUGAUUUGGGUCUCAGCUCGUGGUGUGUUAAAUGUUUGUUCUUUUGCCCAAAAGAAUGCAAAUAGAAUGUUUCGUGAUUACUGGUUUUUGAUUGAAGAGCAUAGAUAUCAGAUUCAUAUCUGUUUAAUCGGGUGAGGAGGGGGAGGGAGGUGGAAGGGAUCAAGAUGGAUUCACCAGUGGGGCAUCAAAGUUUUCGAAGGAAAAAGAUGACCAAGCAGUUGACAGGGAAGAGAGAUGACACUCCUCUUCAUUUAGCUGCGAGGGCAGGGAAUCUUGCUUCUAUUAAGAAGAUGGUUUCAGGGAAAACAGAAGAAGAGCUGGCUGAUUUGUUGCCUAAGCAGAAUCAUCCAGGAGAGACUGCUUUGUAUGUUGCUGCUGAAUAUGGAUAUGUUGAUCUGGUGGCUGAAAUGAUCGAGCAUUAUGAUGCCACAAGCGCAUCCAUAAAGGCAAAGAAUGGUUAUGAUGCUUUGCACAUUGCAGCGAGGCAGGGGGAUGUAGAUGUUGUGAAGGAGCUCCUCAAUGCCAUUCCAGAACUCUGCAUGACUGUUGAUUUAUCAAACACAACGGCAUUGCACACAGCCGCAGCUCAAGGACACAUUGAGGUGGUAAAUCUUCUCCUGGAAGUUGAUAGCAGUUUGGCGCUGAUUGCGAAGAGUAACGGCAAAACAGCUCUGCAUUCGGCCGCAAGGGGUGGACAAUUGGAAGUGGUGCAAGCUAUCCUAAGCAAGGAGCCUGGAAUAUCUGUCAGGAAUGAUAUGAAAGGGCAGAAUGCACUUCAUAUGGCUGUGAAGGGAACAAGUCUGGAGAUUGUUGAGGAGCUUCUCGAGUGUGAGCCAGCUCUGAUCAACCUUGUGGAUGCAAAGGGAAAUACUGCACUUCAUAUAGCAUCUCGGAAGGGUCGUUCUCAGGUUGUGAAGAGACUACUAGAAAGUCCUGGUAUUGAUACCAAAGUCAUCAACAAGUCAGGAGAAAGCCCACUUGACACUGCUGAGAAGUUGGGAAACUUUGAUGUUUCUGCUAUACUACUCGAGCAUGGAGUCCAGAGUGCAAUGGCGAUCAGACCUUCAAACCCUGUUCGAGAAUUGAAGCAAACAGUAAGCGAUAUAAGGCAUGAAGUUCAUUCCCAGUUGGAACACACUCGACAAACCAGAAAGCGCGUUAAAGGUAUUGCAAAAAGGCUCAACAAGCUUCAUACUGUAGGACUCAACAAUGCAAUAAACUCUAACACAGUUGUUGCUGUCCUCAUAGCCACAGUUGCCUUUGCAGCCAUUUUUACUGUCCCUGGUCAAUAUGUUGGUUCAGAGAACGUUGCUCCUGGCCUAACCAUUGGUGAAGCCAACAUUGCCCGACAAACAGCCUUCAUGAUAUUCUUUGUUUUUGACUCUUUGGCACUCUUCAUAUCACUUGCUGUUGUGGUGGUACAGACUUCUGUAGUUAUAAUCGAAAGCAAGGCAAAGAAACAAAUGACUGCAGUCAUUAACAAGUUGAUGUGGUUGGCUUGUGUUCUUAUAAGUAUAUCAUACCUUGCGCUUUGUUUUGUUGUGGUGGGGAAGCAUGACAGGUGGAUGGCUCUAUGUGUUACCAUUAUAGGUACUGUAAUAUUAGCUGCAACAUUGGGUACCAUGUCUUAUUGGGUCAUCACACAUCGAAUCGAAAGAAGGAAAAUGAGGAGCGUCAAACGCUCUUCGCUUAGUAGAUCGAGAUCAUGGUCAGCUGUUUCUGGGGUUUCAGAUGUUGAUGAGUUCAAGAUGAUGUAUGCAAUUUAGGCUUCGUUUGGGAUGUCUUUCUUUCUGCUUUUUAAAACAACUUUUUAAUAAAAAAAAAUUAAUUUUGUAUUAGAUAGCUGCUUUAAGAAGCAGAAAGAAAGCUAUCACAAAUGAAGCCUUAAGAACAUUUCAAGAGUCAGGUGUGUCAUUCUUGUAUCUCCAACAUGCUAUCUUUCAUCUAGCUUCAUUUUGAAAAAUGCUAGCUGUUAUUCAUUGAGAAUGUUGGCUCCAGAAGUUCACAUGAGAUGUAGUCGCAUAUGACAUGAGAUGAGCUAACUUGUGAUUUCCUCUGCAACUUUCUGUUGAACAAUGUAGAUACAAAUGUUUCAUAGGGUAAAGUGAACGGUCUUUAUACCA